AUGGGGAACGUGUCCAAGUUGGGGCUGGAACCGGAGGGCGGGCGGGCGACGAGGGGGUCAGAGGAGCCCGAGCCGGAUCCCAAAGGGCGAGACGUUUUAGUUCAGCAAGCCUCCCAGUGCCUUAGCAAGCUGGUCCAGAUCGCCUCGUGGACAAAGAGGAACUUCAGCCUCGAUCAGUGUAACGUGUACAACUCUGGCCAGCGGCGGAAGCUGCUGCUGUUCAAGACCUUUUCUCGCCGAGCGGUGGUGAUCGUCCCUAAUGAAGAGGACUGGAAGAAGAGGCUGGAGCUGAGGAAGGAGGUGGAGGGAGAUGAUGUGCCCGAGGCCGUAAUGCUAGAAAUGAAAGCCAACUUCUCGGUGCCGGAGAAGUGUGACUAUGUGGAGGAGGUGACAUUCGGGGAGCUGGAGAAGGAGGAGGCCCAGCCGCUGGUCACCAAGUACAAAGAGGAGGCGCGGAAGCUGCUCCCUCCUACCGAGAAGCGGCCGAACCGCCGCAACAACCGAAACAAGCGCAACCGCCGCAACCGCGCCCAAGGCCAAGGAUACGGGUUAUCAUAAUUUCUACAACCGAUACCGAGGAGACUACGAUUACAACAGACCCAGGGAUUACUACAGACAGUAUAACCAGGAGUGGCAGAACUACUACCAGAACAGAGACCGACACUAUGGGGACUACUACGGUUACCGAGGGUAUCGGUGAAGCCCCUGCCGUCCUCGCUCAUCAGCCGCGCAGCUGAGUCUGGGGCCUCUUUCUUAGCCGGCGAGAGCUUGCCGGCCAACCACCGAGAGCUCGCUUGUCGGUUGCCGUGGCUGCGGAGCGGGGACACCUGUCCACGGCGAGGUCGGACUCCGGCUGCAGCAGAAACGAUCUCCCCCUCCCCAAGGUCUCCCCGUCCGGGCCACUUCGCCGGUGCAGAUUCCAACAGGGUUGACGGGGGAAGUUGAGGGGCGGUUGGCGGCGGCGGGAGGGGAGGAGAAGCGUUCCGAUUUGGGUUCCCUUUGGUUUCACUAGCCCCCCGUUCUGUGCCUGUAUCCUUGCCCUUCCCCCUAGGCUUCCCCACUCCCCUCUCAACAAAACCCUCCCCUCGAGAAGCGGCCCGCGACCUAGAAACGCAGACUCGGAGAGAGCCCCCCCCCGCCCCCCUCGUCGGCCGCCGACCGGGUGUGUGAGUGAGUGAACCACGUGAGUGAUUGCUCUUUGAGAAGACACUUGGAGAGAGAGAGCUCCCCGAAUGCAGCGAUAAGGUAGGAAGGAACGGGGGUCACGGCUCACGGCCGUUGUGCCCUUGGGUGGUGGGAGGAGAGAUGAGAGAGGGAAUUCCCGGGCCGGAGACCGCCACGCUGACGUGCCUUUCCGGAAUGUCUAGCUCCCGGGAAAGCACCAGAAGUACCGUAGGACCAAUGCAGCGUGGAGUCGAGGGUGUUGAGGUGCACAGAGGCGGUGUAAAUAAAAUGCUGAAGUCGCUGGGGGUUGAGUGGGUGGGGGGGAGGUAUCGCUGGCUUUAUUAACAGAAUACUUUUUUUGAAACGAUAGAAAAUCCUUUCUCAAAAGAAUUCCCAAAAAAAACUCAAACUUAAAAAAAAAGAGCCUGCUUUUUUCUGGGGCGCAGCAGACCUGCCAUGACUUUAUGGUUCAGACCAAGCGAUCUUUCUCAACAAGAGAUGUCUUGUGUUUGGGGUUUUUUUCAAUUAAAAAUUAUAAAAAUGUAAGGGUAACAAGGAGGGAUCCCCAGCCUUGUUUUCCUUAGAUAAUUUGUUUAGUGUUUUUCCAGAUGUUGGUCUUAGUUGCCGUAGAUGGAAAAGUUUGUGAAAACCACCGAAACCACCACACACAGCUUGUAAAUGUUUAUGCGAAACCUGUAAAAGGCGUUCUUGGAAGCGGCCAGUAAUAAAAGGGUUUUUACCAUUGGGGAAAAGAAAAAAAACCUAAAAACUA